GAAAUGGCGCGACUAAAAUCUUACUAUGGCGAAACACUUAUUUCCGUUUAAAAAAAACGUCACAUCCGUUUUGUUUAAAUAUUAAUCCAGUAGAAUUUUAUUGCUCUUCCAUUCGAAUUAUUUUUCUUGUUAUGCUGGUUAUUUCAUAGUCAAAUUAUAUGCUAGUUGUAUAUGUUACGUUUAAUUUAUUAUAUUAAUUAUUUUAUUUUUCUAAUUUUUGGUUAAUUACUUUCUAUGAAUUAUAAAUAUUUAUGCAAAUCAUAACGUGCCAAGUGAAAUGUGCCUAUUAUCAAUCAUGAUUACAAAGAAAAGUGGUGAAAAAAUCAAACAGUGAUUGAUAGUCAUCCGAAUAAUGAAGAAGCAAAUUUGAUUAGUAAUUUAUUUAGUUAAUAAUUAAAACUUUCAUUAUGUGAUUAAGAAAAUUUAUGGAUGAUUAUUAGCAAGUGGUUAUUUAUUCUAUUAAAAUCUAUUAAGUCCAAUAAAAGAGGGUAUAUAUAUGGAGUAACUUGUAACUAACAUCCUGCUAAGUUUGCCUUGAGACUACUUUGAGUCUACGUUCUUCACAAUUUUAAUAUAGGAGUAUUAGCAUUGCAAGUCCAAAACUAUUAUCAAUGUCACAAUGAUUGAAUACUUUAUACCAUAUUUACUCUUUACACAAUAUUCGUUCAAUGAUCCGAAUGUUUAUUAUGAUCCACAGUAUGUCUUCAAUUAUACAAUUAAUCAUGAGCAUAAGUCUCAAAAUUCAAUAUAUCACAAAAAUUUUUUUGCAACACUCAAGUGCCAAAAUUUAAAUUCCACAAGUCUCAUUUGUAUUAUUGAAAAUCCAAAAGUACAAGACUAUGAAGAAAUGGAAGAUUUAAAAUCUAAUAUGCUAGAACCAAAAUACAGACUAGCUAAUUGUAAAGAGUUAAAUAUUUGUCAUCCAUUUGAAAUUAUUUUCGGAGAGGAUGGGGUAAAUCAAGUAUCUGAAAACGUACAAUGGAAUAAUUCUUAUUCAAUUUUAUCUCAAACUGUGGAUUUACUAAAUAUACAAUGGAUAAAUAAAAUAAAACCGGAAAAUGGAUUAUAUUCUUAUCAAGAGAAGAACACUUUUGGAUCUUGGAAUUUUUCAGUAAAAGUAAUUAAAUCAAAAGAAAAUGAACAUGAUAUUGAUAAUAAAGAUUUAUAUACUAUAGAAAAAAUAGGGAAUUUUAAUGGUAUGAAAUUAAAUUAUAAGAAGACUAGGAGAGAACCAAGUAACAUUUGGAAUCAUCUGAUAAAUGACACAAUAAAAAGAUAUUUUGUACAUAGAGCUAUCAUGUCGGCACACGAAUUUAUAUCUUUUAUAGAAACUAGAGAUGAUUAUACUCCACACUAUGGUGUGAUAAGUAUAAAACGAACUUUACUUUUGACAAAUAUUGAACCAGCUAGCGAUAGAAUUUUUAUCAAACAUGGCAUUAAAUAUCGUCCAUUCAACAUUUCAUUUGGCAUGAAUUACGACGAGAUAUCUUUAAGAGAUUAUUUAUCUAAAUUUACGGACAAGUUUGAUCAUUAUGGUAAAAUAAUUACAUAGAAAUAAUAUACUUCUAUGUUAUGGAUAUUGUCUAGUUAGCUAAGUGUGAAACUACUGCAUUGUUGAGUGCUGCAUAAAUAUACUGUAUUAAAUGUUUAUGUUUUUUAUUUCAAUAAAUUUUGUCUAAAAUUUUGAUAAUUUCAUAUUUUAAUAAACGUUUCAAAUCUGAACUAGACAUUUAAAUGUAUUUGAAUAAUUUCAAAUUAAUGUAGUGGAGUAUUUUUUUGAUAUUAU